AUGCAGUUCCUGAUAGGAAAAGUCGAAGAUGCGCUCCCCUCUCGCUCGAAGAGGCGUCGCUAUAAGAUAGACCAUUCCACUACCGAGCCGGAGGAGCCUUCUAACAGACCGCAUAGUGUGGAGAUGGUACCCCUUGAGACAGGAAAUGAGGAGAAAGUUGAGGCCUACUACGAAUCUGCCUUUAAAGCCUUUCAGCAGAUCAACUGUCGCCAAAUAGCGAAAGCCUAUAUUAAGAUUAUCGAGCCACGCAAGCAAGUGAAGUAUCCUUAUAAUGGAGGACGGGGAGGACCCGGUGAGAAAGGGGACCCAGAGAAGACCAAGCCGGACUGGUGGCCAGCUGGAGUCCCCCAUCGUGAACCCGAUCACCUGCUGAAGCCGGAACGGAUAUGCCUUCUUAUCCAUAUCUUCCGUAAGCUUGGUAAUAAUGGAAUGACUGCCAACAAGCUAGAAGAGGCCGGACGUGGUGCCCAAAGUCAAAUAAAACCCCGCGAGAGACUUGGUAUCCUAGAUGAGAUUUAUAAGGUUCGAAGGGCGGAAGAGAGUUAUGAGAGGGGCGAAGCAGAUGCAAAUACCGUGGUUUAUAUAGUUAACAGAGAUAAAAAGCGGGAACGAACCCCGCAAGCGAUAGAAGGCGCUGACCGUGGCUCAACUUAUCUAAGUAAGCACGGACUGGAAAAGAACACGAAGUGUCGAAUGCUAUCACCAUCGCCUUAUAUUAUUAGCAAUGGGGUACCAGCCGAUCAAUCCCGACCAAUCCUCGCCAUACCCCCCAUCGGCGAAUGGUGGAACCCUAGAGAAGAAUGCCCCCCCCAAGCACUGCCAUGCGGUUGCGCCGAAUGCCUUCCACCGCCUGUUAAUGUCGACCGUAUCCAACAAUGGCUUAAUACUGCUACUGAUGAGACGGCCGACCCAGAGCUUCUACAAGACUACGCCCCCACCUACCCCGAGCCCCGUAGCUCAAUGCAAGGCCACGGCUACAUCCCCGUGGGCUAUCACAGUGAUCAGCAUCGUACCCAAGGAUUUUACACAGCGUUAAGGUCGCCGGACAUCACAGCGGACUCCUUACAGGCUGUUUAA